AUGCUUAUCUAUCUCAAUUUCUUUGUAUCUAUCUAUCUAUCUAUCUAUCUAUCUAUCUAUCUAUCUAUCUAUCUAUCUAUGUCAGGGAUAUGCAAAUAUAUCUAUCUAUCUAUCUAUCUAUCUAUCUAUCUAUCUAUCUAUCUAUCUAUCUAUCUAUCACAUUCUUUCAAAAUCGCUUUAUAUUUCGAUCUAUUACAGCCAAUCCUUAUCUAUCUAUCUAUCUAUCUAUCUAUCUAUCUAUCUAUCUAUUCAAAGGAAUUCUCUCAGUUCCUCCAUCUUCCGUCGCUUUCUGUGCAAUUUUCCUUCGUUCUUUCUUGGCUUGUCCGUCAAUUUUGGGUAUAUUCUCCUUCCAUGUGCCUGAAUAGGUUCCAUCUUUCUUUCUUCAAUUUCUGGUCGUCCAUCUUCCCUCCACACACACACUCUAACUGUCUCUCUCUUUCUUUCUGUCUCUCUGCCUUUUUCCUGUUUCGCUUUUCUAAUUCGAUGUCAUAUCGCUUUCCCGCCAUUUCUUUCUUUAAAGCGGGUGAUACUCUUCAUAGAGCUUUGUAUGUUUAUCUUCCAUUUUCUCAAAGUUUUCCCCUUUCUCAAACUCCUUUAAUAUUUCUUCUUCUUCUUCUUCUUCUUCUUCUUCUUCUUUCUUCUUCUUCUUCUUCUUCUUCUUCUUCUUCUCUCUCGCCAUAUUUCGCCUUCCUUACAUCUCAGUCUGCCACCAUUACUCGUUUUUCUCCAUCUCUUUUCUUUCUAUUCGCCUUAACGGGAUCUAAAAUCUAUAAUUAA